AUGUACAGAAGUGACGCCAUUCCUGACUUUCCUCGUUUUCCCAUCCAAGGUACGCCACUGCACGGUCUCCGGUGCAGUCAGAAUGACGAGCUCUAUGGACAUCUCUCGACGAGCGUCAUGAUACCUACCUCGACGCUAGGGAGCUGCCGAAAGGUCCAGUACAUGACAGCGGCUGACGGGGACGCCAACGGAUUACCACUCACCUACAUGGGCUCUCCGCAAGCCUUCCCAGCGCAUCAGCUUCUAGCCUACGAGGGCCGUCUCAAUCCGGAGGAUGCCACCUCCUUCUCAUCUUCCUCCGCUGCCGUCGAGUCCAAGACGCUGCCCGUCUUUCAGACUUAUGAUGGCCUGAUCUGCCGUAUUCCCUUCUCCGAAAACUCCUCCACCUCCAAUUCCGCAGCUGUCGGCGAACCCACUCAGUCUGGCUCAUCACAGACUCGGUCAUCGGCCAUCGGCAAGACUAAGACUCAAGAAACAGGAGACCCGCCGCCACGAGGGGGUGACAGCGUAAAGAAACGCUGUCGCUUCAACUCCAAGGACGUGGAGUGUUGUGAUUUCCUCCCACCAAUGGAGUCUUUCAGGCGGCCUAACGCAGGUAAAAUAGGCGACUUUUUUUUAUCCCUAUGUGACUGCCCAUCUGAGUAUCAGGCUUCUGGACAAUACCUUGCUGGAAUUUUAUGA